CACAGAGACGCCAGUAGGCAUCGGAGGGGGAAGACAACUCAUUAUCUGCCAGCCGGAGCUGCUUCUCGAUCCUCUGCGGAGAAAAAACAACAGACACUUUUUAUCUCCGCAUUAAACUCAGGAACUUUACUGUUCAGCCGCGGAGAGAAACGCCGAAGCAGCGGUGAUCUGGUGGAUCUCCUCCCCGGGUAAAUGGCUGCGGGGGACCGACUGCUGACUGCGGAGGAAACUCACAACAUGUCGCAGUUUGAGGAGGUUUAAAAAGAGGACUAAGGGCUGUUUUACCGAGGAUACCCGUCAGGAGAGACGGUCAGACCGGAGAGGAGAUCUGGUUUGUUCCUCCAGGUCGGAGGGAAACAGGCCCGCGGAGACAAGGACUGUCUUCUGUUUGGACAUCUGUCCGUCUCUGUUUUCGUCUCUGAUAAGUUUUUUUUCUAGCCGCCAUCAUUCCGUGCUGUAAGGCCGACCCCAAAAUGUCUUCCAACGGAGACCUCAGCGACCUGGGGAGCUCCGACAGCUUCUGGGAGCCGGGAACCUACAAAAGGACGGUGAAGCGGAUAGACGACGGCCACCGGCUGUGUAACGAGAUGGUCAGCUGCUUCCAGGAGCGAGCCAAGAUCGAGAAGAGUUACGCUCUGCAGCUGAGCAGCUGGGCCAAGAGGUGGAGGGGCGUCGUGGAGAAAGGUCCUCAGUAUGGCACGCUGGAGAAAGCGUGGCACGCCUUUAUGCAGGCAGCCGAUCGGCUCAGCGAGCUGCAUCUGGAGCUGCGGGAUCGGCUGGCGAACGAGGACAACGAGAAGGUGCGCAACUGGCAGAAGGACGCCUACCACAAGCAGAUGAUGGGAGGCUUCAGGGAGACCAAGGACGCAGACGACGGCUUCCGCAAAGCACAGAAACCCUGGGUCCGCAAACUCAAAGAGGUGGAUGCCAGUAAGAAGAGCUACCAUCAGGCCAGGAAGGAGGAGUGGACAGCAGUCACCAGGGAAACGCACGCCAAGGCUGACCCGACCAAGUCGCAGGAGGAAGUUCGUAAAUUCUCGGCCCGAGCAGAGCGAUGCAGCGAGGAGGCCGAGAAGUUGAAGGAGCGCUACUCGAAGGCCCUGGAGGAGCUGAACCGCUGUAACCCUCGCUACAUGGAGGACAUGGAGCAGGUGUUCGACCUCACCCAGGAGGCCGAGCGCAGGAGGCUGUGCUUCUUUAAAGACGUCCUGCUGGACAUCCAUAAACACCUCGACCUGUCCGCCAAAGACGGGUUCAAAAGUUUGUACCGGGACCUGGGUCAGACCAUCCAAGCAGCCAAUGACACGGAAGAUCUGAGAUGGUGGAGGAACACCCACGGACCGGGCAUGAGCAUGAACUGGCCACAGUUUGAGGAGUGGUCUCCUGAGGCGAGUCGCUCCAUCAGCAGGAAGGAGCGAGGCGGAAACUCUGAAGACAACGUGGUCACCCUCACCAACAUCGUGUCCUCAGGCGGAGUCGAUGCCCCGCCCAGUCCCAUCACUCUGGACAGCAGCAGGGUGAAAGAUUAUUCUUCGGACUGGUCAGACGAGGAGAGUCCUAAGAAGCUGGCGGUGAACGGCGUGGGGGAGGCGGAGGACGAGGAGGAUCAGGUAGAGGCGGUGCGAGUCCGAGCACUCUAUGAUUACGCGGGCCAGGAGGCUGACGAGCUCAGCUUUAAAGCAGGCGAGGAGCUGCUGAAGAUGGGCGAGGAGGACGAGCAGGGCUGGUGUAAAGGUCAGCUGAGCAGCGGGAAGGUCGGCCUUUAUCCCGCCAACUACGUGCAGCUGGUGGCGUCCUGAUGCCCCGCCCCCUGCGAUCACACAGCCAACGGUACAACUCAAGAUGCCAGGACCAAUCAAAGCUACUAGUGCUGACACGUAGACGGUGAAACCAGACAGUUUUUGGUGACUGACUGUUGAACUCCUCACUGUUACUUUUUUUUUCUGUUGUUUGAGCUGCGUUUUUGAAAAUCAGCCAGUGGGAAAAGUCCACUUGUUGUGAAAGGCUGUUUACUCAGCCGAGGUCAGUGAGAGAGAAGUCUCCGGACACGGACAGAGGUUAUCAAACUCUGGAGUUUUGGUUUUCUGCUCACUGCCAUCGUUUUUCACCUACUAGAGUCAGAAAAUCCACAUUUAAUCAACGAGGACGAAACCUGAGUGGAGCAGCAGUGAGAGGGACUGUGAUUGGCUGAAACAUCUGUCAAUCAAACCCCAAGACUUUCUUCUUCUUUUUAUAGAAACAUUUUGACAUUUUGGGGGAAAAGCUUAUUAACUUGCUACUCUCAUAUAAAACUAAAGCCGUUAGCUUAGCUUAGCAUGAAGACUGGAGGUUUUAUACACUUUCUUUUAGAAGUAAAAGUCUGUUUUGUGCACAGAAAACAACUGUUUACAUGCACAAAACGUUAUUUGUCCAUAGUCCAAAAAAAAGACAGUAUUCCUUCUAUACUAAUUUACAUGGUAAACGAAAAUGAACCAACCUUCUUGAAAAGGUCUCUGUUGUUAUAUUUGCAUAAAUCCAAAAAGCUGUUGAUAGCUUACCUGUUAAGUCUUUCAUGAUGUUUGAUAGAGCCCAACAGAUACAUAGAGUAGUAGUGUGAACUUAAAUAUUGUGGCUCUGAAAGGCUUCAUUGGUACAGAACAUUAACAACUUCUCUGAUUUAAAAAGGCAAAGUUACACGUUUGUGUACAUACAAACAUUGAGGUGGAAGUGAACUCCAACUCCCAGGGUGCAUUUCGGCAAGAAACACUGAACUACAAUAUUAAAAAAACAAUCCGUUUUAUGUAAAUAUGACUUCAGAUUAAGAUUAAGAUUUCCUUUAUUAGUCCCACAAUGGGGAAAUUUCAAGAAUUACAGCAGCAAAGUGGAUAGCAAAAAACAGUAAAUAGUAAACAGCAGUAUAAACAAGAAAUAUAAGCAAAUAAACAAAAAGUAAUAAAGUAUUAACAAUUUACAAUAUAAACAAGUAGAAAUCUAAAAAACAUUAACAACUAGAACAAAAAUAAAAAACUUAAAGAACAUUAUAUACAUGUAGACAGGGUCAGCAGGUCUCGUUGUAAUGAUUGGGAUACUCCGGAAAGUCUCGGCAUCCCUCGUUUGGCCGACAGUGACGUUGUUACUGUUUAUGAAAAUUAAACAAGAAUUAUUUGUCUAUCACAUCUUAACAUCUGCUUCAUCUUGUCUCAGCCUAGGAAAGCUUGUUAUCAUCCCCAAAUUAGUGACAAGUUUGUUCAGCUCAUUUUCUUUUACCGCUGUAUCAUGAAACUGGUGAAAUCAGCAAGCAAGCUUCAUAAAGAGCCAGCUGCUUAAUGAGUCGGCCUUAAAUUUAACAACUUUAAAUGCUUUAUCCACAUUUUCUUGUCACAGCUCACUACUGUCUCCAAAUUAGUGACAACUUCAUAUUUCACAAGACUGAUAUAACUGCCGGAUGGACAUACAACACAGCUGAAUUCUUGCGAAAAGCUUUAAAAAAAAAAAAAAAAGGAUCCUUUCUAGCCAUAACCCUGUUCCCAGUCUUUAUGCUAACCUAAGCUAACCAACAUUAAAGCCUUAGUAUUCUCAUUUGAAUCAACUUCCUGUUGAGAGAAAAAGUAAUUUAAAUUGUAAAAUGUGGGAUUUUCUUCAGUAGAUUUCAGUGCUCCAGCCUCUAGUGGCCAUCAGAGGAACUGCAGCUCUUCGUCUCCACUCUGAUGUUGAAUCAAACAGAUGAAAUAAACCUGAUAAAGACUGUCAGUGCCUUAGUCAGCGAGGCGCCCCCUGCUGUCUGACCGAGGAACUGCAGCGUGCUGACGACCUCGCAUCUGAUCCGGCAGAAACAAGCAGAAUCUCCUGUUACUUUAAUACAUUUUCACUUAAUCUUCAAUUCGCUCGACGAUGGAAUGCUUCAGUUAUUUUGUAGGUUUUUAGGUGUGACACUGAAUUCACUUUCUCUCCGGUUUUUUUUUAUUUCCUUUUUUUUAAUGUGAUAGCUGUAUGUUUAUAUUAAGUCGACUGAUUUUUGAUUAUUGAUGUUUCCUUUUUUUUUUAAAUAGCAUUUUUACAGUCAACUUAUUUACUUUCUAAUUUAUUCUCUUUAAUUUAGCAUUUUAGACUGACUGAGGCACAGAGAGUUAAAAAGUUGACUGUUUAGAUUUGGGUCAUUUAACUUGGGCUGCAACUAAUAAUUAUUUUCAUUAUUGAUUAAUUAAUCUGCAGAUUAUCCUCUCGGUUAAUUAUUUGGGCCAUAAAAUGUAAGAAAAUAGUGAAAAAUGAAAAUUUAAAUGACCAAAUCUGUUAAAUUUAAUAUAACAAAGCAGGGAAUCUCUGAAAAUUAAUUGAUUAUCAGAAUAGCUUAUUCUUCUGCUGAUCGUCGCAGCUCGACAUUAAACCUGUGGAAGGAGGUUUGUUCCUAGUUUUGUUUCGCUGCGAUCAUGAAGCACCUUCAGCAUCUGAAU